UACAUAAUUUCACAGUCAGCCAUGUCCACUAUAGCCGAUCCCAAACCGGCUGUCGACGCGGCCAGUGGCAGUGAAGCCCUGCAAGGCUUCCAAGGAGAAGUCCAGACCAGUGACCAGCCCCCAUCAGUAGAAACACUACGCAAAAUCCAGAACUACUCCGUGCUCGAUAGGCAUGGCGAGUCUCAUCCGUUCAAGAGCCUUCAUUCCGGGCCUAGUGUAGCCCAACGGGUUCUACUGAUCUUCGUCCGACACUUUUUCUGUGGCAGCUGUCAAGAGUUCCUGCGAACGUUGUCCGCCUCCAUCACCCCGAGAGCCCUGGAACCCCUGGCAAAAAAUACCUCGGUGGUAAUCAUAGGCUGCGGUGAUCCGGGUUUGAUCGACAUGUAUGCGAAGGAAACCAACUGCGAGUUCCCGAUCUACACGGACCCCACCAGGCAGCUGUAUCAGGACCUUGACAUGAUGUGCUCGCUGGCCAUUGGCAGUCAACCAGACUAUAUUCGCAAGGGCAUGGCUCGGAUUGUCGGCGAAUCAAUGAUUCAGGCUAUGAAGUAUAUACCAUCAGGCUUGGCACACAAGAGCGGGUAUUACAAGCAGAUCGGGGGGGAGUUCCUGUUCGAACCGGUUAAAAGUAACGAAGAGACGACGGGCGAGGACGAAAAGGAAGUAACAUGGUGUCAUCGGAUGAAGACAACCCGGGAUCAUACUGAGAUCCCGGACCUGAUGCGGGUGCUGGGCAUUCAUCAGACGAAUGAUCCGAAUUGA